CUGAGGAGAAAGAGACCAGAAUGAGAGCGUGUGUGUGAGAGCAAAGAGUUUAUUACGAUAGCAACUGGAGGUCUGGAUUAUGCCACUUUAAUCCUCAAGAGACUUUGUGGGACGUUUGGAAGGUGGUUCACUAAAAUUUUAAGCACCCCAGGAAUUCCAUGGAUGUUAGUUGUUCUGCGUCAGUGAGGCUUUGUGGAGUUCUUCAUACUGGAUUCAUUGCUCCUUUGCCAUCACCAUAAAAGUCACCUGUGUCCAUCUUUGCACCUCAAGGUUGUUCCAAUGCUCAUGGGGAACUGCCUGCUGCUGUUUCUCUGGUGCCUCUUAGACAAAAGCUUCGUUUCACCCCUCCACUCUUCAUCCCAGAGCAGGAUGGGGAAGGAGCAGUACAGGAACAUGUUGGCACUUAGGAAACACAGCAUGAUGGGAGUUCACAGAGUCAAGAGAGGAUGGGUGUGGAACCAGUUCUUUGUUCUGGAGGAAUACAUGGGAUCUGAUCCGCAGUAUGUUGGAAAGCUUCACUCUGACCUGGAUAAGGGAGAUAGUAUCGUGAAGUACACACUCUCAGGUGAAGGAGUUGGUUCUAUUUUCACCAUCGAGCCAAGCACUGGAGACAUCCAUGCCUUAAGGAGCCUGGACCGAGAAGAGAAGCCUUAUUACACACUGAGAGCGCAGGCUGUGGACGUGCUCACGGGCAGACCCUUAGAGCCCGAGUCAGAGUUCAUUAUCAAAGUCCAGGACAUCAAUGACAAUGAGCCAAGGUUCCUGGAGGGCCCAUACUCUGCCAGCAUCCCAGAGAUGUCUCCCGUCGGCUCAUAUGUGACACAAAUAACUGCCACUGAUGCUGACGACCCUACUUAUGGAAACAGUGCGCGGAUUGUAUACAGCAUACUUCAUGGGCAGCCGUACUUCUCUGUUGACCCCAAGACAGGAAUCAUAAGAGUUGCCUUACCCAACAUGGAUAGGGAGGUCAAAGAAAUGUACCAGGUGGUCAUACAGGCUAAGGACAUGGGUGGCCAGCUCGGGGGCUUAGCUGGGAUCACAACCAUCAAUAUCACUCUCCGUGAUGUCAAUGACAACCCACCACGGUUUUCUAAAAGCAUCUUUCACCUACGCGUUCUUGAAUCUUCACCCGUGGGCUCGUCUGUGGGGAGGGUCAAAGCUCAUGAUCUGGACUCUGGGAAGAAUGCAGAAGUGGAAUAUAGCAUCGCUCCUGGUGACGGACGCUCCAUGUUUGAUAUUUACAGCAAUAAGAACACUCAUGAGGGAACAGUCAUACUGAAAAAGCGUCUGGACUACGAGACCAGAAAAUCCUACACCUUUAAAGUAGAAGCUUCAAAUGCAGUUCUUGAUCAUCGAUUCCUACAUUUGGGACCAUUUAAGGACACUGCCACAGUAAAAGUGACUGUUCUGGAUGUGGAGGAACCUCCUGUCUUCAGCCGACUGUCUUAUAGAAUGGAGACAUAUGAGAACACACCAGUGGGCAUUAUAAUCGGAGCCGUCACAGCUGAGGACCAAGAUGUAGGCUAUAGUCCUGUUAGAUAUUCAGUUGAUUGGAGAAAGGACUCUGAAAACCACUUUGACAUUGACCCUGUUGAAGGAACUCUGUCUGUCAGUGAAGCACUGGACAGAGAGAGAAACUCAGAACACAACGUCACUGUUGUAGCAACAAAAGUUAACAGCCCCCUGCUGUCCAGCCAAGUUACUGUCAUGAUCAAGGUGCUGGAUGUCAAUGAGUUUUCUCCAGAACUUGCCUUGGUAUAUGAGACGUUUGUUUGUGAAAAAGCAAAAAUAGGACAGGUGAUUCAGAUCAUCAGUGCUACAGACAGAGACAGGCCUGCUGUAGAGCACCGAUUCUACUUCAAAUCCCCUUCACAGAACAGGAACAGAAACUUCACAAUCAGGGACUAUGGAAACAACACAGCUGGAGUGGUGACCAGGAAAGGGGGAUUUCGGAGACUGGAGCAGAGCAUGUACCUGGUGCCAGUUGUUGUAGAAGAUGGCGGGUAUCCUAUCCGAAGCAGCACGGGGAUGGUGACGGUGCGGGUGUGCACCUGCGACACAGACGGCUCCCUCCUUUCCUGCAAUGCAGAAGCCGUCUUCUUUCCUAUGGGACUGAGCACUGGAGCACUAAUGGCCAUAACGCUGUGCAUUGUCAUAUUGCUAGUGAUGGUGGUGCUCUAUAUGGGCUUGAGAAAACAUAAGAAGGAAACUCUGAUGUCGUCUAAAGAGGACAUUCGGGACAAUGUGAUACACUACGACGAUGAGGGAGGUGGGGAAGAGGACACUCAGGCAUUUGACAUAGGUACGUUACGCAACCCCAAAGGCAUCAAAGAGACAGCACAGCUGCAAAAAAUAAAAUCAGUGGAUGAGCCCAAUCGGGCUAGUGCGUGUAUGUCCAACGAGGACAGUGAGGACAUCCGAGCCUACAUCCAUCACUGUCUGCUGGAGAACUCAGCACCUCCAUAUGACUCUCUGGUCACGUAUGCAUAUGAGGGAGAGGGUUCGGUGGCUGAGUCUCUCAGUUCCAUUGAGUCCUGGGUGCUUGAACCCAAGGAGGAUUACAGAAAUCUCUGUGACUGGGGUCCUCGUUUCAAAACACUGGCUGGAAUAUUUAAAGAGCAUGAGUAUAAGGACAUGGAAAAGAUGGGAAAUAAAAAAUAGCAAUGUAUGAGUCUAUACAAUGAAAGUCAGUGGGGAUAAAAUAUUGUUUUGGACUCAAUUUAUUUUGAUAUGGACAAAAAGGUUGAAACUUCACCGAAAAACAGCAAAAGUUAACAAACCUUGACAAAAUACAAGACAGUUUAAAGAUGAUUUACAAGACAGCUUUUUUCUUUGUCUAUGCACUAGUGUAUACAAUGAAAGUCAAUGUGGAUGAAAUAUUGUAUUGGACCCCACUGACAUUGAUUAAAUGAACAAAAAACAGGUUAAAACUUCA